AUGUCUGCAGCGCAGCUUCUCAACCCAAAAGCAGAAUCCAGGCGGAGAGGAGAAGCUUUACGAGUCAACAUCAACGCGGGUGAAGGACUACAAGAUGUUCUGAAAUCCAAUCUGGGUCCCUUGGGGACCAUAAAGAUGCUAGUUGAUGGAGCUGGCGCGAUCAAGCUCACAAAAGACGGAAAUGUGCUUCUGCGAGAGAUGCAAAUACAGAACCCGACGGCAGUUAUGAUUGCUAGAGCGGCAACGGCCCAAGACGAUAUCUGUGGUGAUGGUACAACAUCUGUUGUAUUGCUCGUAGGCGAACUUCUCAAGCAGGCAGAUCGAUAUAUCUCAGAAGGUUUACACCCGAGGAUUAUCACGGAUGGCUAUGAGAUUGCCAAGACCGAGGCUUUGAAGUUUCUAGAUACAUUCAAACUACCGAAAGAGGUUGACCGAGAGCUGUUACUAUGUGUUGCACGUACAUCCCUCUCCACAAAACUCAACCAUACGCUGGCGGAGAAGCUCACCCCCGAUAUCGUGGAUGCUGUUCUGUCCAUUUACCAACCACCCGCGAAGCCCGACUUACAUAUGAUUGAGAUCAUGAAGAUGCAACACCGAACCGCUUCCGAGACGCAGCUCAUCAGGGGCCUCGCUUUAGACCACGGCGCAAGGCAUCCUGAUAUGCCCAAGAGGGUCGAGAACGCGUUUGUUCUGGCUUUGAAUGUCAGUUUAGAGUACGAGAAAUCCGAGAUCAACUCGGGUUUCUAUUACUCAAGCGCUGAACAAAGAGACAAGCUUGUUGAGAGCGAACGCCGUUUCGUCGAUGAGAAGUUACGGAAGAUCGUUGAAUUGAAGAAGGAAGUUUGUGGAAACGAUCCCAAGAAGGGGUUUGUCAUUAUCAACCAGAAAGGGAUUGAUCCACUAUCUCUUGAUGUUUUGGUCAAGAAUGGUAUCUUUGCACUGAGGCGAGCAAAGAGACGGAAUAUGGAGAGAUUGCAGCUGAUAUGUGGAGGCACCGCGCAAAACAGCGUUGAUGAUCUUUCACCGGAGGUUCUUGGUUGGGCUGGCUUAGUCUAUGAGCACCAACUAGGAGAGGAGAAGUAUACUUUCAUCGAGGACGUGAAGGAGCCAAAAUCCGUAACGAUUCUCAUCAAGGGACCAAAUCAGCACACCAUCACCCAGAUCUCUGAUGCUGUUCGAGACGGUCUCCGCAGCGUCCUUAAUAUGAUUGUCGACAAAAGCGUUGUUCCUGGAGCUGGAGCCUUCCAGGUAGCUUGUGCAGCACAUCUAAAUAGCGAGGCUUUCCGCAAGACGGUCAAGGGAAAGGCAAAAUGGGGCGUUCAGGCGUUUGCUGAUGCCAUGCUCAUUAUUCCCAAGACGCUAGCAGCAAAUGCCGGACACGAUAUUCAGGACGCACUUGCCACCCUUCAGGACGAGCAAGCAGAGGGCAACGUGGUUGGUCUUGAUCUGCAGACUGGUGAGCCUAUGGACCCUGUCUUGGCGGGUGUUUUCGACUCUUUCCGUGUUCUCAGAAACGCUAUUGCUUCGAGUUCCGGCAUCGCAUCUAAUCUUCUUCUCUGCGAUGAAAUGCUCAAAGCUAGACAAAUGGGGAGGCAAGGCGGGCCAGGCCCUGGAAUGGACGAGUAG